UUCUCAGACAUCUCCCUCACUCUGUGCCGAAGAACCUUUCUCUUUACAUACCCAACAAACCAAAUAAAGGCUCAUUUAAUCCCAAGACCAAACCUUGGUUUCAAUCUCUCUGUCUCUCUCCGUCUGUCCAUGGACUUCCAUCUGCAGCAAUGGAGAAACCAGCAGCAUGAGUCAGAGGAACAUAAUGCUGCAAAGAUGCCAAAACUCCUCUUUGAUUCCCAUCUACAACAACAAAAAAACCAACAAGAAUCCUCUUCUGGGUCUGACUCUCUUCUUCCAUUGUUUGAAACUCAACUUAACAACAAAACCAGUAACCUGUCAGCAUUUCCAGACUCAACCACCAUAUUUCCCAGGAUGGGAAGUUACUUUAGCUUGGCUCAGCGGCAAGAGUUGGAGAUACAGGCUUUGAUAUACAGAUACAUAUUGGCUGGUGCAGCUGUUCCUCCGGAACUCCUUAACACGUUUAAGAAAAGUCUUCUUCACUCUGCUCCAUAUUUUCUCCAUUACCCUCUUCAACACUACUCACAUUAUCAACCUGCUCUGUUUCAAGCUGGAUACUGGGGCAGAGCUGCCAUGGAUCCAGAGCCGGGUCGGUGCCGGAGGACCGAUGGCAAGAAGUGGCGGUGCUCCAGGGACGUAGUGACAGGUCAGAAGUACUGUGAACGUCACGUGCACCGCGGCCGAAACCGUUCAAGAAAGCCUGUGGAAAUCCCCACACCAACCACUCCUGCUUAUGGUGGUGCAGAUGGUAGUUCUACUCUCCGAAACACCAGUUCCGUUGCCAGAGCUGGUUUUGGAGGGAACAGUUUUAGUUUGUCCGGGCAAUCAUCCUCCAUAGAUCUCUCGAAGCUGAAUCACAGUUCUUCAGAGUCCAAAACUGAAAACAAAGGCAUAUUUGAAGCCCAUAAUGAGGUUCAGAACAAAGCUGAUGGUCAUAUCCUGCGGCACUUUUUCGACGAUUGGCCGAGAUCUAUUCAAGAAGCGGAAGUUGGAGGGAGCAAUGCAAGUCCUCUGAGUUCUACUACAUGUCUCACAAUCUCAAUGCCCGGAAAGUCAUCAUCUGAUGUGUCCUUAAAACUGUCUACUGGUAAUGGUGGAGAUGAGCAAUGCCCUGUGGAGAGUGGAAGGGAACCGCCGCUGCACUUGAAUUGGGGAUGGGCUGGACAUCAGGUGGCUUCAAUGGGAGGAGGACCACUUGCAGAGGCAUUGAGAUCUUCUUCCACUUCUAAGUCUUCCCCAACUAGUGUUUUGCAUCAGUUGAGCAGAGGCUCUGUGUCUGAAACUAGCUUUGUUUGCAGUUGAAUUUUGUUAAAUCUUGUUUUACUUCAAUAAUGUCCUUUGAUUUUCUUCUCCCUUAACACUUGGGUACAUCUUGUUAUUCCUGUUCAAAAUUUGACGGACCAAGUUGUGUGCCUCUGUUGACUAUAGAAAAUGACAUUUCCUCCUUUUUAAA